AUGGAAACCACCAAGCCACGUAACAUAAUCGCCGACGCCCCCUUCGACGAUCCCACCGAUAGCAUUGAUCUGGUGAUCCGCACAGCCGACAACGUUGACUACUUCGUCCUCAGCGGACUGCUAUCGCUGAGAUCCCCAUCAUCCUUCUUUCGUCACGUUCUGCAAGCCAACCAACACACGGAAGAAAGAGAUGGCUUUCCCAUCCUAGAUGUCAAGGAAGAUAGUGAAACGUUUCGGAUGAUCCUCCUGCUCUGCUACCCAUACUCCUCCCCUGAGAUCAAGACCGUCGAGCAGUUUGUGGUGGUAGGGAAAGCGUUGACCAAAUACUGCAUGGAUCAUGCAUGGGAGCGUUUCGUUAAAGUCGUGAUUGCCUCGCCUCUGAUAAGAGAGCAAGCACUGCGGGUUUUUGCUCACGCAGUUGCUAAUGGAUGGAAGGAAUUAGGCGAGGUAGCAGCUAAGAACACGCUUCACGUGUCUCUUGACUUGGAAGUUGAACUGGAGGACCUGAGAUGCAUUGAUGCACUCCAAUACGUUCGUCUCCGAGAUUAUCACAAGAGGUGUGGAAAGGCUGCUCAGGACGUUAUGUCGGUGGAGACAGAUAUAUGCAUGCCGUGGCUGAAAGAGGAAGUAUCUAAAGUCCUCUUCUUGCAUGACACCACGAAGUGUCGAUGGGUAGGAGAGAGCAUUUUUUACGUGCAUGAUUGGUUAUCCGAUUAUCGUGUCGCUCUGAUGGCGGAAGUCCUGGGGCGGCCUUUCCCAGAAAUCGCUCGAAGUGAAGAUAUCAUUGCUCAAGCGGCCGCAAAGAGCAUCUCCGCGUGUGGCCAUGCAGAUUGGACCAAAAUUGCCGGUACCCAGAUCCAUCGAUUUGCAACGCUGGUGGCGGAGGAGAUCGAUAGGUUGAUUUCGCAGGUACCUCUGAACAUUGAUUGGAAAAAGUGA